AUGGUGAUGAUAGUUAAAAUGCUUUCGAAUUUUAUGUAAUAAAUAUCAAUAGACUUUAGAUUGUCUGGGUUUUUGAUAUUCAUUUCAAUUUGUUUUUGAAAGAUGAAGAUGGUUUUUUUGAAAAUAAAUUUGACUUCCUUUAUUUUAAUGAAAUUGGAUUAUAAUAAUUUAUUCUAAUAAUUGAAUUCACUUGGCCUGAAGAAUUUGGUUAUGCAGAAUUUGAAUCUUAUUUAAUCACUAAUUCGUUUAAAGAAAAAGUGUUUUCAAUCUAAUUGGUUAUUUUAAAAGUAACGGGAGAGCUAAUUCCAUUCAAUAAUAAUUUAUAUUAAAUUUAAAACUUUGAUUAAGCUGAAAUUUAUAAUCUAUUAGUACUAAUGGAAGAUUGUUUCUUCUUUGAAUUUCAAAAUAGAGGAAAGCCAAUUGAUUACAAAAUAUUGAACACUACUUUUUUUUCCAAAUAAAUUAGACCAAUAGAUAUUAAUAUAUAAAUGGAUAACUUAAAGUCCUUAAUUAUGCAUAAUGUUACCAUUCUUGAUGCUACAAUUAGCAAUUCUAUUAUAUUUGGAAUAAAUUCUUCGAGUUAAAAUGGUAAUAUUCUGAUUGAAUAGCUAUACUUUAGAAAUUGUAUUUUUAAUAACACAGUUUUGUUCAAACUAAAAACUGAGUAAAAAAGAAUAAUAAUCCAAGACUUUUUUAUAGAAUAUUGCUAAUUUUACAAUUCCUCACUUUUUGUAUUUUAAUAAGUUGGAGAAUUUUAAACUUCUAUAAUCAUUAAAUCAAUAGUCAUGAAAAAAUCAUUAUUGUUUAAUUCUUAAUUUAUCUAGAGUGAUCUUAAGACUGAGUUAUUUCUUUAUUCAUUUGAGUACAUUGAAAACUAAAUUACAAAUUCACAAAUCAUAAGUUUUAGUGCUGAUGUCUCAGGCUUUAAUUUUAGCUUGAUAUCUAAUGAAAUUAUUGAAUCAAUAUUGUUUGAUUAAUUCUUUUAAAAUUCUUUGAAAUUUAAAAUAGAUAUUGAUGAAAUUUCUUUAUCUUCCAAUGUAUUCUAAAACUUUUAAGUGCUUGUUAUUGAUUAAUAGCUUUAGCUAUACUCAAUAGAAUUAAAGGAUAUGAUAUUCAAGGACAAUAUUAAUCCUUAAAAUUUCAUCCAAAAUCAUUUAUUUAAACUCACUAGCUCUAAUAUUUUGAUAUAGAAUGUUAUGAUAAUAAAUACUAUCAAUCUUCGUUACAUUUACUUAUUUAAUAUCACUAAAAUUAUUAUAAAGAAUGUAACUGUUUAAAAUCCACGUUAAGAAUAUAUGAUUCCGCUUUUUUAAGAGUGUGUGAUUAAUAAAUAAUAGCAUUCAUAAUUAUUAUAUGUUUAAGGAUUUUAGAGCCUAUAUUUAGGUUUCAUAAAAUUCCUGAAUUAAAUCACUAUUGAUUAUUCUGCUAUAGAAAUUUUCUCAAACCCACUGACCCUUAAAGAGGAAUAAGAAAGUAUUUUGAUAUAAAAUAUUACAUUCAUAGGAAACAUCUUGAUGAAAAUAAAUAAAGGUUUAAUUUUGUCAAUUUUCUCAAUUUAUUCUGAAAAGACAUAAUAUAUCUAAUUUGAAAAUGUUUUUUACCAAAAUAAUACUUAUAAUUAAUAUAUUGCAGAUCCUAGUUAAAGUUCAGCUAGUUUACUAUUUAUAAGCUCGCUACAAAGUACUGUAAUCCUUUAGAAUGUUGAGUGUUUUGAGAAUUCACUUACAAAUUCUUCAAAUACCUUUAUUGUUAUUAAUUCAAAAACUACAAAAAUAAAGUCAAUUUCAGUUUUCCAUCAUAAUUAUUUAAGAAAGGAAUUCUGGAAUACCUAUUACAAAAUUCAAUUGCAAAGUAACCUUAAUGAAUUAGAGAUCAAUUACAUAAUCACAAAAACUCUCGGUAUAAAUAACAAAGGUGGAGUAAUGUCAAUUAUUGUUGACUAAUUCACCUUAGAGGAUGGAUUAUUUUAGUACCUUAUUGCAGAAAGUAGUUCUGUUUUUGAUAUAACUACUUAAGGAACUGGAAUUAUUAGAAUGGAUGGUUGUAAUAUAGCUCACGUAUCAAGCAUUUUGUAUUCAGAUUCAGAAUAAGAUGGAUCGAUCAGCAUUAACUCAAAAUUGAGCGAUUUAAGUUUGAAAUUAACGAAUUUUAUCUUUUCCUACAUUCAUAAUAAUUUUGCACCAGCUCUCUUCUCUAUAUCAACUUCAAAAUUUACUAAUAAUAUCAUAAUUAAGAAUGUACAAGUACUAAAUUGUUUCUCUUUGAUAAACUUAUUUACAUCUUUAGUAUUUACCUCAGAAAAAGCUCAUUUAAAUAAAGUUACUCUAGAAAACAUUCUUAUCUAAUAAAGUUAUGAAGCAUUAAUAGAUUUCAACCAAUAGCUGCCGUAAUUGGAUUCUGCAAUAUUAACAAAAAUUCCCAAAGACAAUGCCAUUCUUAAUAUUGUGGGAUGUAAAUUAAAAAUGAAUGAUAUUGUAAUUGAAGGAAUUGUUCUCUCUUCUAUAUUCCAAUUAAUAGACUGUUAGGAAAUAUCAUUAAAGAAUAUUCUUUUUUAUAAUAUUAUCCUAUUUUACUCAUUUAACUUUCUUGAUAUUCAACAAAAUGAAUAAUUUCACUCCAUAAUAUAAAUCUAAAACCUAACAACUCAAAACUUACUAUUUUUUAAUAGCAAAGGCCUGAAUUGUAUUCAAUUGAUUUAUCCAAAUUUUAGUGUUCAACAAAGGAUUUGCAAUACUUUUAAUCCUUUACAAUAGCAUAUUAUGAUGGAGCCAAUUUAAACAGAAUGUAAUAAUUUUGAAAAGUUAAAAGAAUCUUAGACACAAAAUGGAUCAAUAUUAUCAAUGAAAUGCAGGAAUAAUCAAACAUAAUUCUAUUUGAAGAGUAUCCAUUUCAUAAAUAACGAUUGCAAAUUCUGUAGCAAUGGUUUAAUCAAUUUUGAUGUUAGUGAUUUUAAGAGGGUAAUAAUUGAUGAAUUCUUGUGUUUCGGAAACAUUAUUCAGCAAUUUGGAUGCCUCUUUGCCAUAUCUGAAUAAUAAACACAGGGAAGGUUGCAUGUUUAUAAUUCUCUAUUCAUAAACAACUCAGGUACUCAAGGAAUCGCCAUGUCUUCAAUAAAUGUGAAAACUUUCUUGUAAAAUAUAAGGAUUACGAAUAAUGUUGCCAGUUCAUUAGGAGGAGGAAUAUUUUUUGAUUUAAAUAGCAUUUAGUUUUUGAUAAGAUCAGCUUUUAUUUAAAAUAAUAGUGCAAGGGAAGGUGGUGGAAUCUAUUUAAAUGGAAAUAGCAUUUUAAACAAAGAGAACUUUUAUGAUUCUCUUUUAAUUCUUAAUAAUGCUUAAUUAUCGACCAAUAAUCUGCAAGAAUUGCCCUCUCAUCUAGAUCUAUCAAUAAAUUAUUAAAUUUUACCUUCAAAAUUUAAAACAAUCAACUCGAUACCAACAAGCACAUUAAAUUUACAUCCAUAUAAAAUACUCCAAUAGGGUAAGCCAAUGAUCACAUAAACUUUGAUGAUACCUAGCAACCAAGAGAUGUCCAAAUAUACAAUUUAUAAUUAAUAAAAGUAAAAUUUUAUUUCAUAUUUAAUCGAAGUGUCAAUUUAAUUUAAAAAUCAGUUAAACGAAUAACUAUUAAAUUUUUCCAAUUCAACUUGUUAAGUUGUGUAAUCAAUAAUUAAUCUUCAUACCAAAACAGUAAAUCAAACAAACAUUUCAUUAUUUUAUUUUGAUCAAAUGACAAAUAAUUUCAAUUUGGGAACAUUAAUACUUACUUAGGAUCCAUAUAAAUAAUAUGAGGAGGAGCAUAUAAUCUAAUUAUAUUGCAAAACCAAAUACCAGACUUAGGAAUUAUAAUAUAAUAUAAAAACAAAAAGCUUAUUUUGCUAAUUAGGUGAAUUUUAUGUCCAAAAUGGUUGUUCAGUUUGUUAAUCUUUAUAAGGCUUUUAUUCUGUUACUUACAAUACCUCUAAAUGCUCAAUAUUCGAUAAGAUCAAAUUUGAUGAAAUUACUUCUAAUAACAUUAAAUUAAAACCUGGGUAUUGGAGACCUCACCAUGAAUCUGAUAUAGUGGUAAAUUGUUUUAAAAGGUUUUAAUCAUGCUAAGGGGGAUGGAUUGUAGGGGAUGAUCUAUGCAAUACUGGAUACAUGGGAGCAAUAUGUGAGGAAUGUGAUAAAUAUAAUAUAAGAGGAGAUGGAUAUUAUUUUAAAAACAAUGAAAAUUUGUCAUGCUUAAGUUGUGUUGACACUUCACUUAAUUUCUUAUCUUUCAUUCUCUUAGGAAUUUGGUAUUAAAUUAAAUAAUUUUAGGUCUAUUUUAUUAACUCUUAUAACUUUAAGAAGUGUAGAAAAAACAAAUUAAUUAUUUACAUCAUUGAAACUUUCUUAAAGAUUGCCUCAUUUAUUGUUCAAGUUUAAUUUAGGUAAAUAUUAAGAUUUCAUUUUUAGAUUAAGAGAGCAUCUUAUUAAAACUUUAUUUAAAUUACACUUGGAUAUUUUCUGUAAUUUUUAAAUUCAACAUUCAAUUCUCCUUUUCUUUCAUCUUUAUUAACACAAUGACUGAUACAUCCUAUUUUAUGUCUCGAAAUUUAGACUGUUAGCUUAUCCAAUAAAUGUUCCCUGAAUUGAUAUAUACUAGAGUAAUAGUGAUGCUUACUUUCAUAAUUUUUCAAAUUGCCUUGAUUUAAUUUGGAGUCAAUAUUUUUUUUAUUGUUAAAAAAGCCAAGUUAUAGGGCAACAUACUUUCAAUUACCUUACUUUAUGGGUAUAUAUAGAAUUAUGCUUCAUUAAUCAAUCAGUAUAAUAUUAAUAUAUUCUAAGGCUAUCCUCUAUUUAGGCUAAAAGACAAAUCUCCUCUAUUAAUUAUGUUUAAGGAGAUGUCUCACUUUUAUUAGAUUCAUAUAAUCAUUAGCAAUGGAUAUAUUAUUUUGCAAUACCUUUGUUAUCGCUGAUUGGUUUGAUAUUACCAAUUUCCUUACUUUGCUUUAUGUACAUCAAAAGAGGAGUAUUAAAUAAAAUCCCAUUGAGAAGACAUAUUAGUUACUUAUUUAACGAAUAUAAGAUGAAUUGCUUUUAUUGGGAAUGGAUGAAAUUGUGGAAGAAAACAAUUAUUAUUAUCAUAUUAAUUUAUUUUGAAACAAACAUCUUUUUAAAGGGAAUAUUAAUAGGAAUUUGCUUGAUAUUUUAUUAAAUAAUCACUUCAUUUUGUCAACCAUACAUUUAUGAAAAAUUAAACAAAUUGGAUUUGUAAACAGGAUAAUGUUGUUCAAUAGCAAUUUUCUUCGCCUCAGUUUAAUACAUUUGCUAAUAAGAAGAUGAGAAUGUUAUUGCAAAAAUUGUAUAAAUGCUUAUAAUGCUUCUCUUCUUAAGGCUAAGUUAUCCAAUAAUGUCAAAUAUUUUGGUUAUUUAUUAUAGGAAAUAUAAGGUGUAGGUGGUUCAAGGCUUAGUUGCGAUUUUAAGAAAAUCGUCAUUAAAAUAACAACUAAUUUGGAAGCUAAAUGACAAACUAGAUAAAUGGAAAUAGAAAAAGGAUAGAGUUUAUAGAAAUUUCAAAAAAAUGAAGGAACUUACAAUUUCUAAAAAUUGUUAAGAAUCAAAAAUGUAAGCCAAUAAAUAGAAACCAUUUUUGAUAAUUAAAAAAAAAAAGUGA